AUGCUGGGCACAAAACGGUUUCAACAUGUGAUUGAGACCCUAGAGCCUGGCAAAUGGGAGUUGUCUGGGGAUGAGGCAGCAGUGCCAACCAUGGAGAAGUCAAACCCACCGACCUGGGACCUGGACAAAACAGAUACUGAGCAAAUUGUGAUUGCUGGGCAGUGUGAUGCUGAGAUCUUCUAGGCGGAGGGCCAAGCCAUGCCCCCAUACCAGAGAAUCAGUUCUGACUCCACGGUACAAGUGGCUGGAAAAUUUCAAGAAGUGCUCAAGGAGCCCGAGGGGGGGGGGCUGGCGGUGCUGAGUGAAGGGGGCAUGUCUGGAAGGAUGGCAUUCCUCAUGUCAGUGAGUUUUAACCAGCUGAUGAAAGGUCUGGGAGAGACCUACACCUACCUCAUUGCAGGAGAUGACAGGUCUGUGAUGGCCUCUAGGAAGGGACAGAAGAUAGUGCCCUGCACAGGAUUAAGGAAAACUGAAGAAGGUCUAUGUGUUCCACUGACAUUCAAUGAGAGAUUUCUGUCUGCUCCUUCUCAUGGGGACAUGAAAUACCCAACAUCCAGCCAAAGCCCAUUCUCCCCUGGUUCUGGCCCUGACAUCCCCAUACAACAAGUUUGUACCCUGGACUCCUUCUGGUGGCAUUACCUCACCUAUCCUGCUCUCCGAGGUGGCUGCUGGAAGAAGAGGGUGAUCAUCUCGGGCAUUUCGGUGGGACUCGGCAACUGCUUCCUUUGUGGCAGGCCAGAUGGAUACUGCAUGGAUCACCCAGCUGUCUUCUUGCCAGUCCUGGUUGGUUUCAACCCAGUGAGCAUGGCUAGAAAGGACCCCACUGAAGACCCGAGUUCAACAUUCCAACAAGCAGAGUGGAUGCAGAAACUGCAAGAAAAACAGGAAGCUUUUGUGCUUAAUCCUGCUAUUGGGUUCCUCUGGGUUUCACCAGCUCCUCCGCCCGAGCGUUUCAGUAGCUCCUCUCAGUUGAAUGGUGGAAGCACCACAACCCUGCUGGAGACCCUGUUACUGGCAGCCCACAAGACGGUGGAACAGGGCAUUGCAGCAUCGCAGAGAUGCCUUCUGGAAAUCCUGUGGACAUUUGAGAGGGUUCAUUAGGUGACCUGUAGUCAAAGCCCCAAGAUUGCCGCCCUGAUGAAGCAACCCAGCACCAGCCUGGAGAAAAAAGGCCAAGAGUAUCUGGUUGGCUGGCAUUCCUUCAGCGUCAUUGUCAUCAUGGAUGGAGUAGAGUGCAUCCACACCUUGGGUCUCCCCUGGUCUUCUGGCCUAACACUGACCUUACCACUUCUUCCACCGCUGUUCUCUGGACAGCCCAAGGCUUCAUGUAUGGAGAGCCUCCUCCAGGUGAUCCACUUCCUUCAGCCACUGUCAGAUGAUAUUCGGGCUGCUCUCAUCUUCUUCCACAUCCAGGUUGCACACAAGAAGGAACAGGUGAUCCCUGUAGCCUUGCUAAGCCUCCUAAGCUGGUGCUCUAUCCCUGACGCCCAGGCACAGCUGGCUGCUGCUCUCUGUGAAGCUGUCAGGAGCGCCCUCACUGGGCCAGGUCGGAAGCACAGCGCAGACCCCCUGGAGAGCCCAGAUCCUGCCCUGCAGUGA